AAAUUGGUUCAAAUAAUCCCUUGUGCCUACUUUUAUAGCUCGUCCUAAGGCAUCGGUUUUCCUCACAAUAGGAAUGUUGACUUCAGAGGAAUUUAUAAAUGUAAAAAUGUGUUAAAUGAAUAUUUGGCUGAGAAUUGGCUGAUAAGUAACGGAGGCAAUUGGAAAUGGUUUAAGGCAAUCAAUGAUCAAAAUAAAAACAAGUAUUUGCCAGAUGUGCCAGAUGAUAAAAAUAGUUUAAAUUCAAGAAAAUAUAAUCUCUUUUAAGAGAAUUAAAGAUUUAAAUAGCUGGGGCACUUUCUCUGAAUAAUAAGAUGGAGAGGAAGUCACAAUAAUCAAGAAAGAGGAUCAGCCAACAUAAGAAAUUACUUAAAGCCAAUAUAGAUAUUACAACUUGUACAUUACUUAUGAUCUCUAUUAUAUCACUCCUCUAUUGUAUUUGAGUGGCAAAGUUGAUGAUAGACAAUAGAGUUAUUAAGAAGUCAAAGAGAAAUAAUUUAAUCUCAUUUAUUUGUUAGGAUGUCUCGGGAGAGUAUGCUGA